CACACACACACACACACACACACACACACAAACACACACACACACACACACACACACACACACACACACACACACAAACACACACGCACACACACACACACACACACAAACACACACACACAUUCACACGCACACACACACACACACACACACACACACACACACACACAGACACACACGCACGCACGCACACACACACACACACACACACACACACACACACACACACACACACACAAACACAAACACACACACACACACCCACACAAACAUACACACACAUACACACACACACAUACACACACACACAUACACACAAACACACACACAGUCUAUACGUCAGGCUUUAGGACCCUGUUCUUGGUCUCUCUCGGGUCCACUACCCGCUGCUGUUUACCACAGAGAGAGAGUCUGACCGAGCAGCGAGUCCGAGCCGGAGUCCCGUCACUCUCUCUCUCUCUCUCUCUCUCCCUCUCUCUCUUCACACACACACACACACACACACACACACACACACCCACCCACACACACUCUCUGAACACCGCAGGUCUGUGUAGAGGGGGUGCGUGGUGGAAAUUUCAGUCCCGGUAUAAAUCUGCUGGAGACGGCCGCUGCUGUCCGACAGAUGGGGUGAGGAGGAAAAAGUUGUGUGAGGAAGACUCCGAUCUGUUUCCCACUGAGGACGAGAUUUCAACUAAAGUAUCUGUGCGGAGUUUACCCGGUUUAUGCGGAUCUGGAUCAGUCCAGACCUCCAGGACUACGGGAUCAGUUUUCUUAACCGGACCAGUUUGGAGGAUAAAAAAAAAAAAACAUGGACCUUCAUCAGGACGCUGAACCGUGACAGAUCGAGCCGGGCUGGUUUCAGACCGUCCUCCACCUUCAUCCGCCUGGGGGUAGACCCGCACCCCGGACCGGACCGGACACCGGGUCUGUGUGAGACUCGGAUUUUGAUGGAUUUUCAGGUUAACCCUUCUGGGACCGAAGGACCCGAAUCAAAGGAUUUGUGGGGCCGCUUGGCUCGUGAUUAUACUCUCUGAUUUUGUCCCCGGAUCAGGAGCAGAAGAAGAUGAACCCGUGCGUCCUCUCUCUCCUCCUCGCGCUCGACCUGGCCGCGGUCGCGCUCAGCCUGUCCACGUGCAGCACGCUGGACAUGGAUCAGUUCAAGAAGAAGCGGAUCGAGGCCAUCCGGGGUCAGAUCCUGAGCAAGCUGAAGCUCAGCAGCCCCCCGCAGGACUACCCGGAGCCCGACGAGGUGUCCCGGGACGUCGUGGCCAUCUACAACAGCACGCGCGACCUCCUGCAGGAGAAGGCCAACGAGCGCGCGGCGACGUGCGAGCGGCAGCGCAGCGAGGAGGAGUACUACGCCAAGGAGGUGCACAAGGUGGACAUGCAGCCAUUCUACCCUGCAGAGAACGUGAUCUCUCCGACUCACUUCAACCCGUACUUCCGGCGGCUGACGUUCGAUGUUUCCUCGAUGGAGAAGAACGCCUCCAACCUGGUGAAGGCGGAGCUGAGGAUCUUCCGUCUUCAAAACCCUGGAGCGCGAGUGUCGGAGCAGAGGAUCGAGCUGUACCAGAUUUUAGGACACAAAGACUUGACGUCUCCGACACAGCGGUACAUCGACAGCAAAGUGGUACGAACGCAGACGGAGGGAGAGUGGCUGUCUUUUGACGUGACGGAGGCAGUGAGUGAAUGGCUGAACCACAGAGACAGAAACAGUGGGUUCAAGCUCAGCCUUCACUGCCCCUGCUGCACGUUUGUACCAUCCAACAACUACAUCAUUCCCAACAAGAGCGAGGAGCUGGAGGCACGCUUUGCAGGUAUUGAUGACAGCUUCAUCCAUGAUCUGAAGGUGUUUAAGAAACGGCGGCACAGCGCCCGUGCUCCACACCUGCUCCUCAUGCUGCUGCCUUCCUACAGACUGGAGUCCCAGUCCCAGCACAAGACCCAUCGAUCCAGGAGAGCUCUGGACGCCGCCUACUGCUCCAGGAACGUUCAGGACAACUGCUGCUUACGGUCUCUCUACAUUGACUUUAAGAAGGACCUGGGCUGGAGGUGGAUCCAUGAGCCAAAGGGCUAUGAGGCCAACUUCUGCGCCGGAGCCUGUCCAUAUCUGUGGAGCGCCGACACCCAGCAUUCAAAGGUGUUAGGUCUGUACAACACCAUCAACCCUGAAGCGUCGGCGUCGCCCUGCUGCGUCUCCCAGGACCUGGAGCCCCUCACCAUCCUCUACUACAUCGGCAAGACCCCCAAGAUAGAGCAGCUCUCCAAUAUGAAGGUCAAAUCCUGCAAGUGCAGCUAGAGGCCCCGAGACGAGAAGCUGACCGGACUCUCUCUGCCCCUUCAUUCACUCAAACGCAGAGAACUCCGGCUACAUACAGACAAAGUGUGUGUACGCCCCCCUGAUUUUACUCUCAGCAGUGUUUCCACACACAGGAGCGCCGUGUUGGGCAUUACAGUUCACAUCAUACAUGGCGAGUGCCGUCAUGAAACCACAAACCUGACUUUGACCGCCACCAGAGGUGCGGUGUGGAAGUACUUGGUCACAUAGUUCACACUGCUUCAAGGAGCUCUUGCUGAGAUCUUCAUGACGAACUCAUGAGUCCAGGUCACCUCACGUUCUGCUUUUCAAAGCGUUAGGAGAUGUUUUGCAGAACGACUUUGGACGGACACACCAGCGUGGACGUCUGUUGCUGCAAACGUCUGAGUGACAAUGUUCCUGUGUGGCCAAACAAACCCACACUGAAUCCUGUUGGAUUAUGGUCCUACAGCAGCUGAAAGAAAACAUGAACAAUGGACAACUUUUCACAGAGGACCUGGGCAGCUUUACAGAGCCAGACGUUUUUAGAUUUUUAAGAGAACUCUCUCCACAUUUGGCUGCUGACACGAGUUUAUAAAACUGGUUUAAUGGAAUGAAAUACAAUUGUACCAUAGACUGUAUAUAUGAAGUGGACGUAGCCACUGUGACUUCACCCGUUGGUUUUAUCGACAUUAUGAAGUCCCCGAGCUUGGGUUUUGGGUGGAUUCCAUUUUGGUUUUCGGUGCGAGAAGUGAUGCUAAACUGGGCGAGAGGAUGGAUACAGGUGCAUACUCAAGUUGACAAAUUGCACAGGAAGCCCCACCCCCCAGCUUUAUGGUCUUGAGAGCUCAACAGUGUGGUUCUAGAAGUUAAAAUCCCGUUCAUUUUCUCCAUAGUAGAUUUUUAUUAAAGCCAUAAU